AAGGUAGCGGGAGGGAGACCAGUCGGUGGCAAGCGCUGCGCCAUUCCACACGCUCGCUCGUUUCUUUCCUGGUGCUCUCUCUUUGGCGAGAAUAUUCGUGCUACAGCAUGCCGUGAUGUGGGGCCCGUGGGUGCUCUUCGGGGCCCUGGUGGCCGCCGGGGUGGCCGCGGCCGCGUGUCCCGCGGACUGCCAGUGCGGCCGCUUCCAGAACGGCGACCGCGAGAUCGAGUGCAGCCUCGUCAAGGUUAUCUUGAAAGACGGAAACGACCUUCAGGUGCAGUGUGCCGAGGCGGCAGGACAGGAGGACCUGAGCCCCGUCGGGUUCUUGGAGACCGCGCCUGCCAGGGUGCUGUUGCAGUUUUGCCCGCUGCCGGUGCUGUCCAAGUUGAUGAACGCGUCUCAGGUGGCGUCGCUGGUGGCCGAGUACGCGCAGCGCACCUUCCUCCUGACGCCGGGCCACUUGGAGGGAUUCUCGGCCCUGACCAAGCUCCAGCUGAGCAGCAAUCGCAUCACCGAGCUGCCCGAGGGGCUGCUGGCGCCUCUGAAGCGUCUGCACAGCCUCCACCUGAGGGACAACCAGCUGCGGGCGCUGCCCGCCGACCUGCCUGAGUCGCUGACGGAGCUCGAGUUGGGAAGCAACCUGCUGACGCAGCCACCUGCCAAACUGCCACUCCUCAAAUCUCUCAACCUGUGGAAGAACAGGGUGAGCGCCCUGCCACCGCUAGAAGGUUUUCCGCGGCUUUAUUCGCUCGACGUGAGCGGAAACGGAAUGGUAUCCAUCGCCGCGGACGCCUUCGCACAUCUUCCCGACCUGUCAGUGCUCAACCUGAGCAACAACCGCUUCAGGGCGCUGCCACCAGGGGUGCUUAGAACGGUGAAGAACCUGACAGAUCUGAGGAUGAACGAUAUCAACGCCACGGAGCUGCGCCUUCCAGCUGGCUUCCUGGCCGACCUUCCCUCCCUGGAGAAAGUGUCCAUCGAGCGAUCCGCACUGGUGUCACUACCUGAAGACGCCUUUCACGGUGCCAAGAGCCUGGCGACGCUCAGCCUGGCGAGCAACAAACUCACGUCCGUGCCGGACGGAACAUUUAAAGACUGCUCUGCGCUGAAGAAUCUCGACCUGAGUGGCAACCGCUUGAGCUCUGUGCCAGACUUCACUGGACUUUCAGUAUUAGAAACCCUGGACAUGUCCAGAAAUCAGCUGUAUGAGUUGGGCGCAGAGGAAAUGCGGCCCCUAAAGUCCCUGACGACGCUGGUGAUGCGGUCCAACCUGCUGGACGUGAUCAGCACGUCCGCCUUCGACGCCAACGGGCAGCUGACCAGCGUGGACAUGGACAACAACCAACUGACUUUCGACUCGGCGAUACGCGAUACUUUCGGAGUGUACUCGCCGUUCCACUCGUGCACCAACCUGCAGAGACUGUCCUUCCGCAACAAUUCGAUCUCGGAGAUUCCCGCCGAUUGGCGCAACACCCUCACCAAGUUGGAGAGGCUUGAUCUGCGCGAAAAUCAGAUAAUCAUAAUCGACGUGGUUGAGUUCAACUUUCUGUGCAGAAACGCUGAGAUUGACCUGAGAGGCAACAACGUCUCCUUGAUCAACAUGUGGGCGUACGACGUCAUCUCGUCUGGCAAUCAGCCGAGCAACAACCUGAUCAAGGUCGACUCUGGCGUCCUCAACUGCACGUUUUGCGUCACGCACGAACUGCUCAAAUUUUUGGAGAACCAGAACGCCGGCAAAGAGCAGCUGUUCAAACUGGACAUGAACGUGACCGGCUCCUGUCUUUCAAACUACACAGCCGCGAAUUUCCUGUGUCCAGUCAAGGACGGGUUUAAUUGUCCGAAAAACUGCACCUGCCUGAAUAACAAAGAGACCAACAGUAUUCACAUGAACUGCAGUUCACCGCUCGUACUGCCAAGCAACCGCUCUGAGCCGAUCUACUCUGCAACCAUCGGAGAGUUGAGGCUGCAGGGAUUGUCAGGGAACUUCUCCCAAUCAGAGCUGAAAAUCAAAAGGCUGCUCCUGGGAAACAACCGCCUGACUGGCGUGCAGAGCAUCCCGGUCAACCUGACGGUGCUGGAGGUGCACGGAAAUCAGCUGAGCCGUCUGUCCGAUAGCGUUCUGGCCCGGCUGAACCACACGGAGCGAAUCACGCUGGCCAACAAUCCGUGGACCUGCGACUGUGAAACUCUCGAAUUGAUGGCAUUCGUGCAGCGCCGCUUCGAAGCCGUCGCCGACCUGGCCAACGUCACGUGCAAAGACGGACGCGCCCUCGCGAAACUCAGUGCUGACGAAUUGUGCAACAAUGCCCAGCUAGCCGUGGCCGCAAGCGUCUUCAUCGCCAUCGCGGGCAUCAUCCUCGGCGCCCUGGCUGCCCUGUACUACAAGUUCCAGCACGAGAUCAAGGUGUGGCUCUACGCGCACAACCUGCUGCUAUGGCUGGUCACCGAAGCCGAGGUGGACAAAGACAAGCGCUACGACGGCUUCAUCUCAUACUCGCACAAGGAUGAGCUGUUCGUCGCGCAAACCCUCGUACCUGGCCUCGAGCCGCCGUUCAAACUGUGCAUCCACGCCCGCGACUGGAACGCAGGUGACUGGAUUCCAGACCAGAUCGCCAGGUCGGUCGAGGAGUCGCGACGGACCAUCGUGGUGCUGUCGCCCAACUACCUGGAGAGCGUCUGGGGACGCAUGGAAUUCAGGGCUGCCCACCAGCAGGCAAUGAGUGAGGGCCGAGCGAGAGUGCUGGUGAUUCUACUGGAGGACGUGGGACCUCUGGACAAACUAGACCCUGAGCUGCGCGCCUACUUGUCGAUGAACACGUACGUCAAGUGGGGCGAACCCUGGUUCUGGGACAAACUGCACUACGCCAUGCCGCACCGAAAGCUCAAGGGCACGGCGCGAAAGGGGCCUCGCCCGCUCGCCAUCAAAAUUAACGAUAAGCUGGAGCAACUGCAGCACGGAAUCUGAACUCUGCGUCUGCCAUGUUAAUUUUAAAUACGGAGGACAAUCGAGGAUUUGCUCAAUUGUGUCGACGAGAGCCGCGAGUGAUUGUGUCAGAGUGAAUGAAACAUGCAAAUGAGUUUGAAAGCUGUUAUUGUGUAUUAUGUCAGCGGAAUAAAAAUAAGAAAAUUGUUUAUACGAAA